AUGCCUCCCAGAAAAAAACGCAGUCUGCGUUCUCAGAAAGCCCCGCUGCUAUUCCACCAACAACCACUGAAGGACCCCAAACACCACUAUGGAACUCCACAGCUUCCUAUCAGCCACACUAGACAGGUGCCCAGCAAGCCCAUUGACCACAACACCAUCACUUCCUGGGUAUUGCCUCAGUUUGAUGCCACAGCAGAAAGCAGUUUCCAAGUAUACCGGAAACGUCCUCACCGAGGCCAGGCAAAACAUUCCAGUCGAAAAUCUGCCACCUCCAAGUUUCCACAUCUAACCUUUGAGAAUCCACAGUCUUCUUCCAAUUCAACAACAUUGGGGAUCCCCUUAACCGAGGAGUGUCCCAAUCAAUCAGAAAAUAGCAUUUCCAGAAGGCCCUUAGUUCCAUUGCUCAGUCCCCGAAGCUGUGGAGAACUGUCAGUACAUACACUUCAAAGCCCACCUUGUGUGUUCAUUUCACCUGAUAUCCAGACUCCAGAGUCGUCUCCUGUGAAGGAAGACCCCAUUCCCUCAGAUCAGAGGGAAAAUAGCCUUCCAAGAUGCUCCCUUCAUACUAGUACUCCCAAGAGCCUAGAGCCUGGCCCUGUUCUGGUUAAAGACACUCCUGAGGAGAAGUAUGCGAUAAAGGUUACCUGGAGGAGAAGGCAGCACCUGUUGGCUUGUCUCAGGGAAAGAGGGAAGCUGAGCAGAAGCCAGUUCCUUGUGAAGAACUGA